GCUGCUUCUGCGACGAUGAGACAGCGCCGGAAGAAUGAUGGCGGAGUUGUUUCAUCUGCCAAUGAAGAACCAAAUCUCAACAGAAAGGAAGAAGAAAAGAAUUCCUCAAAUUCAAAGAGUCUUUGCGCUUUGUUUGGCGUUUCGAAUAGGGUUUGUUGAUUCAGACUUAUUUCAAUCCAGAUGAGCACUGGCAAGCCCUUGAAGUUGCGCAUCGCCUAGCAUUUGGAUCAAGGCUGCAAGGCUGCUGCAAUCCUUAUUUUCUGCAGUUGGUGAUUUAUACAUGUACAAGCCUUCUCAUGUCCUUUUUUGGUCAUUGUGUUGCAAAAUGGGCCAUAUCCUUUUGCUACGUGUUCUUCUUUAAUCAAAACAAAACCAUUUUCUCCAUUCUUUUUUCAUCUUUCAAUUGAGCUAUCUUUCUAGUUGCUUUUGUCUUCACAAAGCACAAAAGGGUAUGAAGUAGUCAGCUUGAGAUUUGCAACGGAUGAUGUACUUAAUGCUUCUGCAGCUGUUUUCUCAAUUGACAAAUUGGUUCAUGCUUUUCUGUUUCAAUUGUACAUUAUCAAAUAGUUUACAGACUGUUCUUUCUCUUGUCAGCCUAUACUACUGGCCAUGUAUGAGAAUUUCUUCAAGCAAUGUUCCCUUGGGUUCAAGGAAGUGGGGUAUGGCUGUAGCUGCAUUAGCUUGUGCAAUUAGGCCAAGAAGUGCUAUUACAUGGGUGUAUGUUGGGUUUUGUGAGCUGUAUUUGACCCAGGGAAGACUUAAAUUUAUUCUUCUGGAGGUGAUUUCCAUUGGGGUUCUGGUGAUUGGAUUUACCUGUUUACUGGAUCGCCUCAUGUACGGCUCUUGGGUGUUAGUUCCUCUUAAUUUUCUAAAGUUCAAUUUUCUUUCCUCUGGUGGAGAUUAUUAUGGAACUCACAAGUGGUACUGGGACUUCACUCAGGGAUUUCCAGUCAUGCUAUUCAGUUUUCUGCCAUUUUCAAUAGUGGGCAUAAUCAAGUCAGUACUGGAAACUUUCUGGCCUUAUUGCUUAGGUUUUAGGUCUUUACAGCAUAUUAGGUCACAAAGAAUUCAGGUUUGGCUAUACAAAUGGUAUGUGCUUUGUGUGUAAUUGUUUGAGUUUUUUAAAUCUGUGACCCUGAUAUCUUCUAAUUGGCUCAUGAGCUUUGGUUUUUCUUGCCUGUGCUUGCUAAAGCUUUGAUAUUCUCUGGGUACUCGUUAGCUACUCUUCAAGAGCAAGAUUCCUCAAAAGGUGAAAGGAAAGGAUCUUCAAACAUUAACAGUAAAUGGUCUUCAAAAGGGCAAAUGGCUAUCUUUUCCUUGCUUGCUACCAAUAUUCCAUUGGCCUUCUAUAUGUCUUUAGUUCACCAGGUAUAUCAUCAACUAGCAUUUGGGGCAUCUGAAACCCCUGUGACUCCCAUUCCCUUUCUUCUUUCCUGGUGCUGAUUAACUUUACUAGGACACUUCCAUGUCCAAUAUUUUAAUUGCUAGUUGCCAUUAUAUGUGUUGUUUUUUUUUUUCAUUUCUUUGUGUUCUUAGAUAGAAGUAGUAGAAAUAAGAAAAUUUCUUUUUAUAUCAACAACAAAAUUUGCAGGUAAAAUUGCCUUCACAUUUCUUUUUGGUAUGCUUAUCUGGAUGCUUACUCUUGCAAAUUGAGACAGAGAGGAACUGAGGAUGUAAUGAAGUAUCUAUCUAAAGGGGCAAUGACGGAAAGAGUGGAAAGUAUACUUUUCCUAAUGCCAUGCCAUGCCACACCUUAUUACUGCAUUCUGCACCGUAACCUGCCAAUGCGUUUUCUGGAUUGCUCACCAAGUUUAAACUCUGGCAAUUCUUUUUGAAUAUCUGUUCUUUUGUGGUCUAUGUUUUUGCAGUUCCUUUCUUACUGUAGGCUGGAAUUUUGUCAACAGAGAAGAGAAAGGAAUCCCUGAGCCUGAUGAGUCAGACCAUUUCAUGAUGGAUCCCAUCACCAAUUUUGCAAAAAAUCAGUAUCUACCUAGUCAUAUUGUCUUAUUUGAUUCUGAGGAAAAGCAAUUAGGGGAGUUUCUGGAAUUGCAUUCUUUCAAAGAGAUACUGGUCAAGACAUUUUUUUUAUUUAAUUAUCAAGGUUUGCGUUGCCCGUGGCACUGGCAAGUGACCGUUUGUUCCCACACAAGCUGAUUCUGUGACACAAAUGCAGACAGGAAGAUUUUUCCAUGCUCACGUCAAGGUGGACUGUGGCCUUCAAGCAUCUGUUGUUGUAUAUGCUGGGAGUGGCUAGUCAAUUUUCAUGAAAACAGUUCUCCAAUCUGGUUCACCUCUCUGAAGCUUUUUCUAUUUACUGAUUUUCAUUUUAUACAUUCAUUGACUCAUUAAAACCAAAAUUUAUCA